AUGUCCAAAAAUGCACUGCAUCGGCCCAGCAAGUGGAGACACAGCACAUCCACCCCCUGCCCCACAACUGGGUCAGCCUCUGCCGACACUUUGCUGAUGCUCCUCGCCGCGCUGGCUGGCCCCGGCCGCAGCAGCAGGCAGAGGGGCCCCGGCCCCACAUGUCCUGAGGACGGGCAAGCGCUUAUAAUAUGCCACGCGCGGGCAGUGGCCGCAGCCCAGGCCAUGGCAGGGUCCGGCGAGGCUUUGGUGCUCCACCUCCUGCUCUGCUGCCUCUGUGGGGGUGUCGCAAACAUCAAGUGCUCGGGGCACGUGUGGAUCGAGCCGGCGUCGGUGGUGCCCAUGGGCUCCAACAUCUCCAUCAACUGCUUCUCCACCCUCGGCUGCUCCCGGGCCAAGCUCUUCAUCCUCCUCAACUACAACCGCCUGGAGGGUCCCCUGCAUCCCCUCAACAGCAGCGCCGUCCAGCUCCGGCUGCCAGAUUUCCGGAUGCCCUCGGGGACCAUCCUCUGCCUGGCACAGUGUCCCAACAGCCAGGAGACCUCGCUGGUGUGUGGCACCGACGUCCUGGCCGGCUACCCUCCAGACCCCCCCAGCAACCUGAGCUGCACCAUCAAGGAGGGCUCGGGGCGCCUGGCAUGUACGUGGGACGCGGGGCGGCCGACCCACCUCAGCACCCACUACACCCUCCACCUGCGCAGUGUGGGGACGGCGGCGGAUGCUGAGGAUGAGGAGGAGGAAGAGGUCUUCCCUGUGGACUCACCAGUGCUGCUGAGCACUCUGCGUGGUGGAAACCACUACUGGGCAUGGGUGCAAGCCAACAACACGCUGGGCACUGCCCGCUCGGCUACCCAGCGCCUGGACCUGCAGGAGCUCGUGGUACCUGCUCUGCCCCUGGUCGCUGGCGCCGAGACGAUGGAGAUGAAGCCUCCCAUCACCACCGUGCGCUGGAGGAGGCAGACGUUGCUGGAGAACCUGCACUGUGAGGAGAGACACAAAGCCACCAGUGACCCAGAGUGGCAUGUGGAGGUGUGGGACAGCACAGGGCAGGACGGUCCCCUCUCGAGGCACAACCUGGAGAGUGACACCCAGUACGUGUUCCAGGUCCGGUGCCGGCUCAGCCCCACCAACAGCCCCUGGAGCUCCUGGAGCACCCCCUUUCUCUACACCACCCCCGAGGCAGCCCCGGCCACGUCACCCGACGUCUGGCGGCACCUGGGCCCGGCCUUCCCGAACGGCAGCCACGAGGUGACGGUCUUGAUCAAGCCUCUGCUGCCCCGGGAUGCCCGGGGGAAGAUCCUGGGGUACACCAUAGUUGCUGGGAGGCCUGGGGGAGAUCUGCUCCUCUGCAACACCUCCAGCACCAUCUGCAGCAUCCUGGUGCCCCCAGGAACCCGUGUCCUCCACGUCACUGCUCACAACUCCAAGGGGGCUUCCAGCCCCGCCAGCAUCACCCUUGGCCAGGGCACCAGCAGCCAGGAAGAGUUCCCAGCGCCGGUGGCCAUGGAGGUCAACCCCACGAAUGGGAGCAGAAUCUCAGUGGCCUGGAAGCCCCCUCACGGCAGUGGGAGAUCCCCUCUCUGGUUCAUAGUGGAGUGGGUCACCACCACUCAGUAUAACCAGGAGGAGCAGUAUUUCUGGAAAAAAGUCCCAUACCAGGAAACACACACGUACAUCCCAGAAAAGGCCACAGCAGGUUGUCGCAUCAGUGUGUUGGUGUACGCGGUCUACCCCGAUGGAGUCAGCAAACCAAGCUCCGGCCAAGUCCCUUCAGAGAAGCAUCACGUAAGCAGCAUCUACAGCGACAUCUCCCACGAUGAUGACACUGGCGUUUUCCUGGGACUGGGAAUCAGUGUGAUCAUGUUAUCUGUUGUUUUUUUAAUUCUGAUGUUUAAAAAAUCAGCCAGAAAAAGAAUUAAGGCCACCGUUCUGUCGCUCUUGCCCAAAUGGCUGUUUGAAGACUAUCCCCACAUGGAAAACAGCAACGUGGUGAAGUCACUCCAGGAAAAGAGCCAUUUCACAAGUAACAGUUUCCAUGAACCAUUCUUGGACACCAGUGACCCCACAGUUACAGAAAUUGAGGAGGUGCCAGCGCACGAGGAGUACAAGAACGUGGCCACCAGGAGGAAGCCCAGCAGAGAGGUCCCCGAGGAUGGGGAACGCCCAGGGAACACGGUGCCCACCAGCAUCAUGGCCCCUGUGCAGAUCAGUGACUACAAACCUCAGGUGUCUGAUGGGAACCAGCUGGGGUACGUAGCUGCCAACUUCUACCAACCGCAGCCUCCCGCAGACCUCCCAGAACCGGAGACCAACAUCUUCUUCAGAGAUUACACGAGCCCCAUUGCCCACCUGUGGGACGGGGAGGGAGGUGGACACCAGGUCUGUCUACUGGAGAAGAUCAACCUCAUCCUAAACACCAGCCGGAGCGGGCAGAGCCAGGCAUUCAGCUCAGCUCAGGGGGGACAUGGUUCCCUCCUGGAGAACCCGUGGGGACACGCAUUGGCCAGCGAUGUCCAAGAGCAAACGCUAGUGCCCGACGAGCUGGUCUCCUGCCUGAGGGCCAUGAACAGGGAGUCAGGGGAUGGAAAGACUUGCUUUCCCCAAAGCGUUGGAAGAUUAUUUUGAAAGGAAUUGUAGUUGUGGUUAAAAAAACCUGAAGGGAUAGCCAUGGCACAUACCAGCCUUUAA